CGCUCACUUCCGCGCUCCGCCCCCUCCCCCCGCCAUCCCCGUCGCCCAGGGUAACGGCUUUGGGGUGGGAAGGGGGCUGCGAACAACCGCAGCAGCAGAGCGGCCUGUGCGGCUCCAUCUCUCCGCGCCCCGGGACCGACAGCUUUAAAGGGUAGAACCUUGGGGCACUGGGAUCAUGAUGAACUCCAAGAAGAAUGAACUAGAUUUAGAAAAAAGCAUUACCAAUAAGAAAGCAGAAGAAAGCAAGUGGCAAUGUAUCUACCCCAAUGAGAGGAGAGAGAGGAAUCACGUUUAUACUCUUCUUGACAUCAGUGAGAAUGUAUUUGAACAAGAUGAAAAGUCCUUGGAAUAUGUCAUCAGGACAGGAUGGGAAGAAGCUGUGCAAGGCUGGGGUAAAGCUGCUCCAUUUGCCUGCCUUCAGUUGCAAAAGCAAGCCAAGAAAUCAAGGGCAAAUGAAACCAUCAACAGUUGCCUGUUUUGCUUAGAUAUGAGGCAAAAUAAUGACAAAAGUGUGAGCCAAGAAACCAAGACUACAAGAGAUCAAUCAAAAUCUGAUUGCAAAUUAAGCACAUGUGCUAUAGAUGAUACCAUUUCAGAAAAGAAAGAGGUUCCAAUCCAUUCUAGUGAGUCUUCCAAUUGUUCUACAACAGAUGGAACUAAGAGAGAAAGUUGUAAUGGCAAGUUACGCUCUAUUCAGACAUUUCAAGGUGAAAAGAAAAGUUUGCCAGUAAAGGAAUACAGCGUAUGGCAAUCAGAAAAAAUGAAAAACCCAGAAACCGUAAAAAGUAAAGCUGUAAAGACCCCUGAGCCUACCAUGCCUGCUCCAGAUAGCUCUGAAUCUUCAAACUUAAAGUCUUUGCUGGUAUUGCCACCAGUGAAAGAUGCAACUCCAAAAGAUAGUGCAGAGCUUUCUUUUAAGAAGAGUAUAGCAGCUAUUUCCCAGGCAAAUCAGAAAAUGCUCAAUGCUACUUCAGAUGAGACUGCUUCCGUUAGUAAGGGUACUAAAACAAUAGAACAAAAGGCGGGAAAAGAAACUGACUGUAUCAUUCAUGGUACAUUGAAGGAGAAACAAAUUCACGAACCAUCAUCCUUUGUCUCAAGUCUUCCAAAAGCAUUCCUGCAAGGAGGCCCUGAGCAGUUACACUGGCCCUGUGCUCUUUGGCCAGACAGAAAAAUUACAACCACUUCUAAUUCUGUUUCUUUGAGAAAGAACAGUCAUCUUGCUAACAUGCAGUUUCUGCAUACAAAAGGAAUACAGUACACCAAACAUGAUGAGAUCAGAGGUCCUUUCACCAACAGUAUUAAAAACAGAAGUCUCUCAGAGGCCAAGCAAGGAAAUGAAUCAAAAACACAGGCGGUGCAACUGCUUCCUGGACUAUUCCCUUCCUUAACGGUCAGCCAUGUUGCAAUAACUGCAAUGUCUUCUAGACUGACCUAGCAUUUUUAUACUGUAACUUCAUGUCAUUUUCUUCUAUUUGUUUGAACUCAUUAUAUGAUGAAAAAAGGAUUGAAGAUACAUUGUACUUGUGCUCCUGUGAGCAGACUUGCCAUUUGUUAAUUUCUGCAGGUGCUACUUAUAUGCAUCAGUUUAUACUACUAUGCAUUCCUUCCAAAUAAUUUAAUUUCCAGUUUAUAGAUUAACUAUCUCUGCCUAUGGUAUACAGUAUGCUAAUUCCCCAUUGCCCCGUAUUAAUUUAUUUAAGGUUCUACUGGAACUAAGUGCAUUCACCUCAUUCGGGUGCAGCCCUCAUGAACAAUUAGACUGUGGGGCAAGCUGGGGUGUGAAUCUAUCCCACACCAGUCUGCCCUGCUCUAACUGUCCAUGUACACCCUGCUGCUGUAUGUUAAGUUUGUUAGAGUGCUUUGGGUUAGUCCUCCUUAGCUCAAAGCACUUUAACAACCAUUAAUGCACACAGACAGUUAAGAGCAUGACAGGCUAGUGUAGGGUAGAUUCACAUCCCAGCUUGCCAGCGUCUAAUUCUUCAUGCGGACAAGGCCUAUGUAUGGUCAUAGGGUACCUGGCUCAACAAUGCAUUUUAGCACAAUCUUGAGUUCAUCCCUAUUCAGCAAGCCAUUUAAGAAUCUUCUUUAUUUUAAGUAUGUGCUUCAGUUUCAUUGAGAUCCAUUGGGCUGAACAUUUGCUUAGAUGCUUUGCAGAACUGGGACUUAAAAGAGCAGCAGAACUAGUCAAGUAGCCACAGGAACAGUCGCUCUUUCACAGUUGCACGGUUACCACGUUUGUCCUGAUUGGUUUAAGUACUAUUAGUAUUUUUUUGUGUGUUUCCAUGUUUUGUUUUCAUGUUUUAUUAACAGAGGCCAGACUCAUCUAUUAUUAAACAGAGGGACUUUGAUAAAAAGUUUUGUUGUAUUAAAUGUACAUUUCAUUUUGACUAAUUAGCUAUCACAGUUUCCUCCAUAAAAUACAGGUUAAAUUUGCAUUCACAACUUAGGAUAGUUUAAAUAAAAAUUAUCCACAUCCACUAUGACUGCAUGUUUCUCAGUAGUCAAAGAUUUUCUGUGACUGGCAGCCACUUAUUUAUUCUCUCCCCCUUUUUGAUGCAUUUGACAGUAACAGGAAAGAUAAUACCAGUUAAAAAUUCCCAAAUAUCACGUUCCACUCUUACACCAGAGCUCUAAACUCACCAUCUAGCUGAUUUAAGAUUCAGAGAAUCAGUCAUAGGAGAUUAAAGUUAAAUCCAGACUUCAUAUUUUUAUAGUACAUUAGUUUCUAAGCAGUUUAUAGACUUCUACAUAUUAACUGUUUACUCACUCUCAUGUAUGUACUGCUUGAGAUCCAAAGAGAGAGAGAGUAAGCGCUUUCUAGGCAGCAACUAGAGCAAAGGCUAAAUAAUGAAAGGACUUUUUUAUUUAAAAAAGCUACAUGAAGAAAUCACCCACUGUUGAUGUGCAAUAACCUCUAGGGGAGAAAUACAGCAGCCCUUCAGUAACACACAUCACUGUUGCAUAAUAGUUUAGGGCAGAUGUGAAUAAUAUUGUUUUCCAAUAGAAAUUAUUGUGGGAAUUAAAGCAGAGUGCAAUGGCUCAUGCCACCACUGUUCUUUUAUGAAGUGGUCAGGCCUUCUGUUUGAGCUUUAACAGGUGCAAGAGAUCACUUGAAAUACAAUAUAGUGGUACUAGUGUGGAGGGAAGAGUGCCACCUACUGAAUGUUCAGCUAGUUGGGGUGAGAGGGGAACCCAUACCACACUAGGUGCUAGGCAUUCAACUCUAAGUUGAGAUGAAUUACUGCCUUUUUAAAAAAAACUUCCCUUAUUUUACUUCCUUUUCCUGAAGGGUGAUUAUGGAAAAUAAGCCCCUUUGACAGCAGUCACUGGUGGCAAAUUCCAUACCUUGCAAUACAUUUAGAGAAUACAUAGUUCUAAGAUUAUUAUUUAUAUGAGUUUGGGUCAGACUAGUGGGGUCAUCCUCAAAGGGGAACAAAAUCAUCAGUUUGAUAGCCCAGCUUUUGCAGAGUGUACUGGGGCAAAAUUACUGAGCCAUUAUCCCUUACAAGACCUGGUGUUUUAUUUCAACGAGGCUUUAGCCUGAAUAAUGACUGUAGGAUUUGUCCCUGUAUUUCCAGUGUAAGAUUCCUUCCUUCCUCACCUUACUUUUCCUUAAACAUUUAGAAAAGUUCUUUUUAUAGUGGCUAGUUUUGAAGACAUCUGAUAUGCUGUUGUGCAUAUUUACUGGUAGAAGUUGUGGACAUAUGUGAACUACCACAAGAAAGAUACAUUUAAGUAGAAAUCCUGCCAGGACAAUGAAAAUGAAUUCUUCUUACCUACAUUCCUUUCUGUGAAGUAAUGGAUUUCAUGGUACAUAUGGCAUAAUAGAAGAAUUGAGUGCUUUGUAUUAUAACUUUAGUUCAUAAAUAUUGUAGCAAGAUAGUUCGUUUUUCCACGUGGUGCUCUCAUGCUUUUAAAACAGGAAUGGGAAUACGCGGUUAUUUAUUCAAAAACAUACCUGGCUGUAAAUAGUCCUAAUGAUUUCCACUCAUUGUUUUGUAGAGGAAAUAUCUAUUGUAUUUUGUGUACAAGAAUCAAGGCAAUAGAAAGUCCAGGGGUCUGUCUUAACGAUGCAAUUUGAUCACAGUACUACAGUUGCACAUGUCCGAUAAUAUCUGUCAGAAUAGAGACAUCAUUCGGUAGGUCAGUUCUCUCUAUCUCUCUUCAACAUCCAUUUUAAUAGUCUAACUCUCUUUUCAAAAUAUGCCCUGUUCUGUAUCUACACUUGUCUUGGGCUUUUAGGUGGAAACACCCUAGCCAGGACAACAGAUGCAAUCUGCCUUAUUUCUAUGGUCUUAAUUAAAAGUAGCAGUGGUAGUAAAUUUUCUACUGAUUUAUACUAUAACACUAAUUGAAAUGUAAAAUAUCCUUCUCUGUAGAAAUAAACUGACAUUUAUAUGAUCAGGAAUAUUUAAGAUAUAUUUGAAUAAGCACUACAAGUAGAAAGCUGGUGUCUCUCUCCUAGUCCCCAAUAUUGUACUUAAUUUAAAAAAUACGCUGUAAGAGAAACAUCAGAAAACCAUUAAGACCAAAUGAGAGCCUUCACAAAUAAAUCAAAACAUGUAGAAAGAGCAAAUCAGUCCAAACAUCUGCUUUCCUGUCCUCAGACAGUACUAGAUAGCGCUAUAUAAACAUUAUAUAAGCACCUGUGAAAUUACUGACAUUUCCAUGGCCUGAAAAGAGGGAAGAUGGUGUCUAUCAGACAAUUGAAAACACUGAUGCUUCAAAGAGAAAAUAGAAAAAUGAUCUACUAGAAGGAAAAAGUCA